GAGCCAAUAGAAUUCACUAUUUCUCCUUAAGGAAUUUAGUUCCCCUCUACGGUACCCAAGGUUAUUGGAACUAUUCCUCCCAGGAUAGAACGGACGUACCUUUUCUGGCUGUACCGGUACUUGAAACACCAGAAUCCGACGAACGCAAUGAUCGGAGAGAAGUCACACGACUCUGUUUUUCUUUAUGAGUUUGUAGAGAGGAAAUGCAAUGAAGAAUGAAAAAUUCUUUUAUCUUUUGGCCAUAAAAAAUUUCUUGGGAAAAUAACUUGUGUAGAAAACAGAGGGGGCAGGUGUUUAUUUAUAGACAAUGAAGGGGUGCGAGUGAAGGGAUGUGACCCUUCAAGUGGGUGGUUACACCCCAACCAUUGCAUCGGUUCGCCAUAGUAGUUGGACCGGUUGGUUCAUUCCAACCGCCACAUCGGUUCGAUCCGAUUUGGUUCAACUUGGUUUAACCAAUAACUCACCAACUACUGGCUUCUUCCCCUUUUCAUUCUCAUUCACACCUUUCAAAUCCCAACAGUUAGAGCAUGAGCACGGGCACGAAAUAAAUGGGUCAGCCCGGCACGAGCACGAAUAAUUUAUGGGUCGUGCCGGGUCUAAACUUCAUGUGCACUGGCAUGGGCACGACAUGGUAUAUAAGUGGGUCGUGUCGGGACUAAUGUUUUGAAAUUUUAUUGAGUAUAAGAACGGGCAAAUUUAGUUCAAUUAAUUGACUUUAAACCAUAUACCAGGAAACCGGAUCGUACCGGCCGGUUCAACCGGAAAUUGGACCAAAAGCGGUACGGUGGGCUGAAUGUGCUGAUUUUACCGUGCCGACCGGUUUUUUCGGUUUGACCGGUUGAACCGGCCGGUACGAUCCGGUUUCCUGGUUGUAUAAUGCUCUAUUUGGUUCUUUUUUUGAUGGAUUAUAUUUUUUAUACUAUCGCAUUUCAUUUCUCUAUCAAUAGUGAAAAACAGUAUUUACCAAUACAAAACGGUUGAACCACGGUCGUACCACAAAAUACCAUACUAGAAAGGAAUCCGGUAUGAUGUCCGGUACGGUUUCCUUUACCAUGCUUUAAUCUUGUUUUAAAACUAUUUUCUACAUAUAGAAAAUAAUGUAUUCACGAUUAAUUUGCCAGAUGGACCCUAGAAACGAUUUAAACGGGCUGGAUCAAAUGCUUUCAAAAAGUCCACAUAACCCAAAUGGUAGUCUGGGCUGCUGGAUGGCCUAGGCCCGCUCUUAAGGCGGUUCGACUUGGGCUCAGAGCUUUGAAGCCCUCAGCCCCUCAGCCAAAAAUCCCUUCAGCGCAUCAUCGUAGUUGAAAAAGAAAUAAUAUAAACAAAAAUAAAAGACAAAAAAGAUGAUCUAUGAAGAAAAUUGCCAAUUUGCCAUUGCGCAACUGCUCUACUACGCGGCUUCUUUUCUGAUCGACCACAACAGCGCCACACAGAUAUUUUUAAUUUCCCCUUUUUUCCCUGUCUCUUUUCCGAAAUCCCUCGUCUUCAGUUUCCUUCGUGCCGAAGAUCCGAACCCACUCCCCGCAGCGCCGCGAUUUUCCGAUCACGAUCGCCGGACCAUGUCGAUGCUCGACGCCUUCUUCAGCAACAAGGGAUUCAAAGCUGCAAAAUGUAAAACUCUGCUGAAGCUGACGAUACCGCGGAUUAAGCUGCUGAGGAACAGGAGAGAGGUUCAGAUUAGGCAAAUGCGCCGUGAUAUCUCUAAGCUUCUAGAGAAUGGACAGGAAGCUACUGCUCGGAUUCGUGUUGAACAUAUUAUCAGAGAAGAGAACAUGAUGGCGGCUCAAGAGAUCCUUGAGCUCUUCUGUGAGCUUAUUGCCGUUCGGCUUCCGAUCAUUGAGGCACAAAGGGAAUGUCCUUUAGAUUUGAAGGAAGCAAUAUCCAGUGUCUGCUUUGCUGCACCAAGAUGUGCCGACCUGCCAGAAUUGCUGCAGGCGCAAAUGCUGUUUGCAUCCAAGUACGGAAAAGAUUUUGUAACUGCUGCUACUGAACUCAUGCCUGAUUGUGGGGUUAAUCGCCAGAUAGUAGAGCUUCUAUCAGUUCGCGCACCUUCACCAGACAAAAAACUGAAACUCCUCAAGGAAAUUGCCGAAGAACACGAGCUAGACUGGGACCCAGCUGGGUCGGAAGCCGAACUGUCAAAACCGCAUGAAGAUUUGCUGAAUGGCCCUGCACAGUUUGUUAGUGCGUCUAAGCUGCCUCCUCCGGAUGAGAAGCAUGGCGAAGCAUUGAGCUCUAGUCCCGUGGGUGCUACCUAUGAACAACCUGACACUGAGUCCAGUGCUGAUGAGCUAGAUUUCCCUGAAGUCCCCAAGGCCGUAGUAAGGCCUAAUACAACUCCUGCUGCAUACGUACCAGAUAUGACCCUACCUACAGAACCCACUCUACGUACAGAAUCCAUUGAUCGGGAUACGUCUUCAGACAGUCCGCUACAUGGCUCCCAUUCCAAGCAUGAGGUCGUAUUCGAAGAACUGCCCACGGAGUCCGAGAAUCAAAUUCUCGAUUAUACAGAGGGUGCUUCCCAGGAGAAACAGUAUUUGCCUUUCUUCACACCUCCACAGACAUCAUAUGCAAGUGCACCUGCAAGACAGUAUAGUUCUCCACCGUCCACCUCAAAACCCAAGAGUAAGCACGACAUAGAUCUGCAUGAUAUCCUAGUUUCAGCUCAGGCAGCUGCAGAGACCGCCGAACGAGCAGCAGCAGCAGCCCGCUCAGCUGCAACGAUCGCGCAGGCAAAGAUCAAGGAGCUAGCCAAGCUCAACAGCGACAAGUCACUUGAUCUUGAAUCCGACAAUCCUUUCAACACCGAGCUUCACGAUCAGUCUGCUGCCUUGGGAAACCUAAAUCUCGAUCAUCAGCUCUCUUUCGGCGACCUCAAUGGUGCGGUGUUUGACUCUCCAAGGUAUCACAGAGAAUCGUCCGGUCCUGAGCUGAAUCGGAUCACGUCCAUUGACGAAGACCCUUACUUCUCUUACCCUAACUUGUUUGGGUCUCACAGCUCGAACCAUGGAUCGCCGUCUGCCCAUUUUGUUUCGGACAGCUCGAGAUCGCCACAUUAACUCGUUCCGAGCUCUCCCCAGGUAUUCGAGGAUACACUUCUGUCUCUGGUGAGCUAUUUCCCAUGAAGUAGUACAUUUGUAUGAUCAUGUGGCUAUAGUUCUCUUCUCUUUCCCUUUUCGCCUGUAAAGUAGUUCCAUGGCUCAAAGAAUCUUCUACCAUCAAUGGCUGCUUUUAUGAUGUCUAUAGCUUUUAGCUUUGUGAAACUCCAACUCAGUUGUUGAGACAACUAUCAUGGGCUUUGGUUUAUUUGCUUGAGCGGGAUUUGGGUUGGUUAGGGUUAGGGUAUAGGGAUUUGUACAGAAGUUGGUUACUUGUGUCAGCUUAUUGCCUUAUGUUGAAAACUUCUCCAAUAAACCACAUCUCAGAAGGCGUUUGCUAUGCAACUUCACAUCAGUUUGGUAUAUGCGUUCAUCUGUUAACACUUAACAGUCAGUAGCUCCAUUAUUGGUGAAUCUCUUAUCAAAAUUUCGAGCUGGUUAAUUGUAGAGGCUGGCAUGGUCCGGACACGAUACAAAAUCGGAUAUUAGGACAUUAUCGGGUUAUAGAUAAAGGGAAAUUGGGAUC